UUCGCCAUCGAUUAUACCUCUGAGCAGAUAGUCUAUACUAUAGCAUUGUAGUAAGUGCCCCCUGGUUUCUAUUAGCACGAAGGAAAAAUGGUCAGAAAUUAGUUUUAGGUCAUUUUCAGGAUAAGUAGUUACAUAAGAGAGCACAAGGGUAGUUGACUAACUUCUCACCAUUUUCUAAUUUACCAGCUUCACAAAUUGCAGUUAUAUUGUAAAUAACUCCACAAAUUAUCACCUUGAACAAACUUCAAUUUACCUGCAAAUCACUUGUUCUAUACAUGUUUUCUAUUUUUACUAACUACUCCUCACACAAGAAAUCAAUCAACAUGGAAACCAGCUCAAAAAUUAGUCAGAAAUGGAUGAUAUGUGCAUUUGGUAGUUUCAUUAGCUGCUUCAUUUUCUUGAUAUGUCUUAAGCAUAAUGAGGCAGGUUAUUUCAAGGCACUGCGACAUUGCAUGUUCAACGUGGAAUCGUGCUUUUCGCCUACUGGAAAUUUGGAAAUGUCUAAACCAGCAAAAAGCAGAGAAGAUGAAGGGAAUAUAAUUCAGAAAAACAGCAAGAAUAAAUGCAAUAUAUUUGAGGGAAGAUGGGUUUAUAAACCAAAGGAGAGUCCAUAUUAUGAAGCACAACAAUGUCCAUUCCUUAGUGAACAAGUGAGCUGCCAGAAGAAUGGAAGGCCUGAUUUUGACUAUCAAAAUUGGUCUUGGGAAGCUCAUCACUGUAUCAUUCCAAGCUUGAAUGGCAUAUAUAUAUUGGAGAGGCUUAGAGGAAAGAGGGUAAUAAUAGUUGGAGAUUCACUAAACAGAAACCAGUGGGAAUCUCUUGCUUGUCUUCUUUAUUCUACAAUUCCUCCUUCGAGAGCCCAUGUUGAUGUUAAGAGUGGCUCUUAUAAAAUCUUCAAAGCUAAGGACUACAAUGUGACUGUAGAGUUCUACUGGAGCCCAUUCCUGGUUCAGUUGGAAUCAAACAAACCUGGUGCUCCUAAAAUUUUGAGGCUGGAGAAACUCGAUUUAUCGUCUAGGCUUUGGCAAGGAGCUGAUAUUAUGGUAUUCAACACAGGCCAUUGGUGGGUGCAUCUUGGAAAGUUGAAGGCGUGGGACUUUUUCGAGUACAAGGGACUAUUAGUUAAUGAGCUGAAGUUAGAAUCAGCAUUUGAGGUGGCAAUGAGGACCUGGGCAGACUGGAUAGAUCAGAAUGUUAACUUAACCAAAACAACAGUUUUCUUCAGAAGCAUUUCUCCAGAACACAAAGCUCAAAAUGGGUGUUACAAUAAAACACAACCCAUCACAGACAAGUCCCACGUAACACAUUUUUCCGAGUCCCUGACGGCGAUUGUUGAAAGAACAUUGUCAAAAAUGAGAAUCUCUGUAAGAUACUUAAACAUUACAAAGCUUUCAGAGCACCGCGUAGAUGCUCAUCCAUCAGUCUAUGCCAAAAAGAAAGGAAAAGAAUUGGUGAAGAGGAAAGUAAAGCCACCGGAGAGUUUUGCUGACUGCAGCCAUUGGUGCCUACCUGGACUGCCUGAUACAUGGAAUAGGUUACUAUAUGCUUCUCUGGUUUUGGAUCACUCCACUGAUACCCAUAGUCUAUCGCAUUUGAUCUCUUGAAAAUCAGAUAUUGACUAAUCAGUAAGCUAUAUAUUAGUUGCUAUAUCAGCAUUGAAGUGAGCAUAUAUAGGAGUAAUUGUAACUUUUAUGUUGAAGUGUCCUGCAGAGAAAACAUUUGAUUAUUGUGCACAUUUACCUAGUUCUAAAAUGUAGAGGAAAACCUUGACUAACUAUUUAGUUGGCCAAGUCCACAUGAUUCCAGAAGAGAAACUACAGGCUUCCAGAAAUGACCAAUUCAUGGAAAUCAAUUCUUGCAGCAACUCUUUAACAAUAUGAUAUUUGGAAUGUUCGAGCAGGUCCACAAGACUACUACUCGGUUGGGUUGAGACCUUAAAAAAUAGGGUUACAUAAUAGAAAAACUACUGUAUAUAGGCAUAUGAAUCACAACAUACCCUUCCAACUCUGUGCGUUAUGGCAAAGAACAGGAAGAUAUCAAAAGGAGAAAUUAAUCCAUUUACUACAAAGAGUGCCUCCACUGUGGAGGCUCCACAUAUUGACAUCCAAUCCAACCUAGUAGUAAGCAAU